GCGUGUGUGCUUCUAACAUUAUUGUUCUGCUCGUUGGUCACUUUCAUCUUCUCUCUUAUUAUCUCCUCUUCGCUUUUUCCAUUGAUUCAUUCAACUAAAGAAGCUCUCAUCCUUCUCUCUGGAUCUGACCCAACAUCAAAGUUCCUCUCUUUCAUCUCCCUAAGAUUCGAAAAAGUAGAUUGAGAAUACAAAGCAGUGGAUGAUGAUAAGGAUCAAGUUUUAGUGUAAUAAGAGGAGAAAGAGAAACAGUAUGUGUUGUUGGUUCACUAUAUACCGCAAAGUUGUGAGCUUGAAUCUCUAUUGCCGUGUCAUUCUGUAAAAACCUCGUCUUUAACCAAUCCUUCUAAAGUCUUCUCUCUUUUUUUAAAAAAUGGGUUCCCAACAUAUCUAUGUGUACCAUUGUGAACAAAGAAUCAGCUAGACAACAACUAGCUCCUUCUUUCCUUACUUCCACAAAAAAGAAAGUUUCUUUCUUUCUUCUUUUCAUUAAAGACUUCCUCAAAGUGAUGGUGUGUCAGUCACCUGGCAAGACAAGAUUCCGAGCGUUGAAACACGAGACAGGAGACGCUAACAGACCAACCAUUGUAGUCAGAGUUAUUGCAUGCUUUCAACCCAUGGAUAAUUGCCAGGCUGAAUACUUCAGACUUCUACUCAAACCAGUGACGUAGUUGCUUUGUGAUCCUCAGCUAUAUUUUGUUUCUUCCUUCUUUAUUGCACAACUUACUUUCAGAAAGUAACAACAAAGUAUUUGCACUCACCUGAUUGAGCAACUUAAACAAUCGUGUGUGUGUGCUCUUUUGAAGUUACCUUUUGAGUUAAAAACUCCAAGAGCAUGCCUCUUGAUACCAGGCAAUGGGAUGUGCCUCCUAAAGCUUGCUUUGAGGAUAUGGCAGCUCGGUUCCCCCCUGAUGCGGCUGAGCUUCAGGCCCACUGUUUGCAGCCACCACCAUUCAAGUGGAGUCUUGAUAAGGAGUCUUGUGGGAAACGAUUCUCGCUCUCUGACAUGAGGUCUUGUUGCGCUGCUGCUGCUACUACUACUACUCCACAUGGAGGAGCACAGAAAGGACUCAUGAUAUUAGAUCAGUCAGGAAAUCAAACUCGUCUAUUACAAUGUCCCUUUCCCCUAACUGCAGAACCAGUUAAACUCUCUGAGGAGUUUGAUGAGAACUAUGGAAAAGAGUCUGAAAUGCAUGAAGACACUGAGGAGAUCAAUGCACUGCUCUAUUCAGAUGAUGAUUAUGAUGAUGAAGAUUGCGAGAGUGAUGAUGACGUAAUGAGCACUGGUCACUCUCCUUAUCAACAAGUUUGCAACAAAAGGGUAUCAGAAGAGAUAGAUGGUCCUUGUAAAAGGCAGAAGCUACUAAACAUCAGUCAAGAAGACACUGGUUCUGGUCUGAGCGACGAGCAGUCAAGAAAAGACAAGAUCCAGACAGCUCUGAAGAUACUCGAGAGCAUAGUUCCCGGUGCAAAAGGGAACCAAGCUCUCUUACUUCUAGACGAAGCCAUUGAUUACCUAAAGCUACUGAAACAAGACUUAAACCAUUGCUAGACAAGAAGACCUCCAACACUCACAAGUCACUAGUCACCAGACAGAUAAGGCUUUGAAGAUUCUCUCACGUGUGAAGUGGUUUAGGGUCCCUAUCCUACUUUAGGUAUACAUGCUUCUGCAUUUUCAGAAAGUUAAAAGAAGACAGGAGGUCACUUUCUUUCUGGUCAUUGAUGGGUUUAGUGUGGAUGGUGAAAUCAAAAAAGGCAAAUAUUCAAAGUCUUUUUUAUCUCAUAUACUCGCGUGGUCUAUGAAUCUCCCUCUCCUAAGGUUAUCUCUGACCUACCUACACUCUCUUUUGCCCAUAUGGUGACUUAAGUGGGUCCAUUGAUGUCAUGUUCAUGUGAUUAAUUUUUUAGUGUCUUUUGUAAUAAUGCAAACCAUUCAUUUGUUCUUUUGCUUUCCUCACUUGCUACUAUGUUUUGAUGUUGUGUCUUUGAGUAUUAUUGUUCAUUGUUCAUGUCUCUUUGUGUCUUAUUUAUUGUCAAGAUGAUUGUGUUUUGUAAUCUACCAGUGAUAUAAAAUUGGGUCUCUUGUUUCAUUAA